AAAUCAACAUGAAUAAUUCUAAAAUACAAGACGAUGCAAGUUACUGUUGUUUUGCGAAUAAAAGGAGAAACUCUGAUUCAUUUUUUACCAAUCAUAUUAUAGAUGAUGAAGUAAAAUACUAUUUUAUUUAGGGUGAUGUAUUAAGUACUAAGGCAGUGCUGUUAUAAUUAUAUAAAGGCGGUCAGGAUAUUGAAGUUAUCAAGAACAAUUUGGAAAAGGUCAGAUUGAAUCCGAAUUGGUUGAGUUAGAAAAGAGAAGACUUAGAAUAUUAUAUACCAUAAUUUAUCAAUUACUUAGUAUUCAGAAGAAAUCACGAAGAGCUGAUAUAGUUUUUAUUCAAUGUAUGUUAAAAUAACUAUUACUUUGCGCAUUUGACUUACUUUCAAUUAAAAUCCUUAUCGCAGAUAGUGAAUAAAAAGGUCAUAAAUCUGAAAGGAGUCUAAGAUUUUCUGAUUGAAUACACAAAUAUAAUGAAAGACCAAUAUGGAGAUGAAUAUCUGAUCAAUGGAUAAGAGUUUGUUACUCAUAAUCCUAACAAAGAAGCAAUUUAAAUUUAUGGGACUGCUGUCUAUGAUUAAACAACGCCCAAAGUCAAUGCCUUUGAAAUUAAUUUAGGAUAGUACUUAUCAGUAAAUGUAGAGAACUAAACAGGGGAAAGAGUCUGUGGAUUCUCUUCAACUAUAAAUUUCUGGAACGACAUAAUUCGAAUUUCUGAAAGGUAAACUAAACUAAUAAUUAGACUCUAUCUAGCUUACCCCUAAAUAAUAUCUUUGAAGGCAGAUCUACAGAGAAUUAAUCAGAAUUUACCAUCUUCUGUAUACAUUCCUUUUGUUAAGGAGCAAAUCAGAAACUAUGCAGUCUUGAAUAUAGUGGCAUCAGAAACCAAAGUGUUCUCCACCAAGGAAAGGUCGCCCUUCUAUAUAUGUCUGGAAAUCUACAGGCCUGAUGUGGAGAAGGAUCAGAGGAAUGACUAUAAGCAAUCUGAAGCAAUUACUCUACACAAAUCUAUGUUGCAAUAGAGAAUGUCAAUCAAUGGAUCCAUCUUCCUAGACUAAAACAAAUGUAGUAUUUUUAGAUAAUCUCAUAGAUCCAAAUGUGCAUAAGAUCUCGGUGCAAUAACCACUACAAAUUAUUGAAGAGGAUAUCAUUGAUGAAACACCAACGGUGUAAUUUUAUUCUCCUGGAAAUGAGGAGUAAGCUGAAGAGAAGAGUGUUUAUCAAUCAUUUUCUAAAGAGAAUAAUGAAGAUUUUGUAAGUGUUGGGAGUUCAUUUGUAUAGGAAGGUCAACGAAAAAGCAUGCCUCUUGGACAAGAUGGCCAGAGCUUAUUUGGAGAGUCAGCUAAGGACCAAGAACAAAGGAUCAAGGAUCAAUCUCUGUUUGGUAAUCUGAAGUCCUGGAGAUUGGUUCAUCUUAUUGUGAAAUCAGGGGACAAUUUGAAAUAGGAGUAGUUUGCUAUGCAACUCCUAUCUACUAUAGAUUAAAUCUUUAUUAUUGAAGAUCUCCCUAUGAGAUUAUCAAUUUACGAAGUAAUUUCGUUGGGACCCAAUUAUGGAUUAAUAGAAAUGGUGAAGGAUGCUAUUACAAUUGAUUCAUUAAAACGAUAAUUAUGGAACAGACAAUAAACAUUAAGCUAAUUCUUCGAGUAAUCAGUAUAUCUGUUCAAUUAUUAGUCAUAAUUUUAGUGAUCGUCAU